AUGAAACGUAAAAGGUUCCGUGGAGCUUUUCCAAAUCAGGUAUGGUACGGCAAUCCAUAUUUACGCGUAUUUUUAUUAGAAGAUGAUUUUAUUCUCAAACGGUAAGUUUUGUGCGUAAGUGGCUUUUCUUUGUUGACACUUGCAUUUUUUCGGUUGUUUUUGUUUGCUAGGUAGUAGAAAUAAAUAAAUUUAAGACAAAUAUACAGCUAGAAUGCAAUUGCGCUGUGCACAGGUUGCGAUGUCGACAGACUCUGUCUCUGAUUGAACCUACCGCCCCAAGCAGAUCUUACUAGUAGGCUGUGACCGAUCAUUGCAUUUUUGCUUUGAUUUACUCAGUAUAUAUAUAUAUAUAUAUGAGGAACCAACAGUUUUUAUUCGAAACUUGAAGAAAAGAAAAAUUAUUUAGAGACCUGGCUGUUGACUAGAGUCUUUUGCCAGAAAAUCAAAAACACCUAAGUACAUGAACUAGAGUUAGCCUAU